AUGAGGGAAAACUACCAAAUCAUCCAAGUUGCACAAAGAAUUGCAACCGUCCAUACAGUGUUUGCAACCACCUCUGUCCAAAUAAAUGCCACGAGGGGCAAAGCUGUGGUCCAUGCGAGGCAAAAUGCGAGGUACGAUGCUCGCACUCAGCCUGUGAGUCAGUAUGUCAAAAUUUAUGUGCACUAUGCAUUGAAUGAUGCACCUGGUCCUGUAUUCAUCAAGGGACCUGCUCAAUACCCUACGCCGCGCCUUGCGAUUGACUUCCUUGUGACGAGAGAUGCACUUAGACUCCCACAUGUGGCCAACAGUGUCUAA